AUGCGUCGCAAGGAGCCCCAUCUCACUUCAACUGCUAAUCGCGGUAAAAGUUUAAUUUCUACUAGAAUUCAACAACACCAGCAACGUAAAACACAAAGCAUGAAGAGUCAGCUACCUAGAAGCUAUUCGUCUCCAGCGCCACAGGUAGAUGUGGAAAACAAAGGAUGCGUUAUGCGAAGAUUCUCAUCUCCUGAUCCUAAACAGGUUUGCUACAGGCGGAAUUCUGAUUCAUUCUGCAAAUCUAAAACCGACUGUUCAAAAAGUGAAUUAGACUCCGAUUUAGAAAACUAUGAGCUAUUUGAAGAGAGUUUCAUUGAUAUAGAUGCAGAACCAGAAGAUAUAACGUUUGGUGCUUACACUAAAAAUACUGAAAUUGACGGACCCAAAAAGGUAGUCACAACACUCUUACCUGGCAGCGGAAUUCAAAGGAUUGCUAUUAAACCAAUAUCGCUACGUACUAUUCAAAAAGUACAAUGUAGCAGACAGGCAAAACGGAAACAUCAAAGAGAUAGUGACGAUAACAAAGAUAACAAUCAUAUAAACUUCCAACCAUUGAUACUGAAUAUGCCUGAAAAGCAUUCUUUACAUUCUAAAUCAGAGCAAUCUUUUCUUGGAAUGGAAGAACUGCAAACUUCACCUACAUUAGAGACGGAAGCAAUAGAAUUGGAAAGAGAACUAAACAAUGCUGAACAGCAUUCAGAUGGUGAAGUAGCAAUGGCUACGGAUGAAAGUGAUGGUCAAACGAAAUUACAAAUAGUGUACAUUGUAACAUCCAUUAAGAACCAAGAAAAAGAAGGGCCUGGUGUAACUUUUUAA